AUGGAAGUCCCAAAACAAGAAGCUCGGGUGGCACCGGCACCCCCAAUGGUGGCCAUGAUACCAUCCCCUGGCAUGGGCCAUCUAAUUCCAAUGAUCGAGUUCGCCAAGCGAGUCAUCAGAUACCAUAAUCUCGCGGUCACCUUCGUCAUCCCCACCGACGGCCCACCUUCCAAGGCCCAAACCGCCGUCCUCCAGGCCCUCCCUCACUCCAUCUCCCACACCUUCCUCUCCCCGGUCACUCUCUCUGACCUCCCGCCUGACGCCAAAAUCGAAACCAUCAUAUCCCACACCGUCCGCCGCUCCCUCCCUUCUCUCCGCCAAGCCUUCCACUCUCUCUCCGCCACCCACACCCUCGCCGCCCUCGUCGUCGACCUCUUCGCCACCGACACCUUCGACGUCGCAACCGAAUUCAACGCCUCCCGCUACGUCUUCUACCCCUCCACAGCCACCGUCCUCUCCUUCUUCUUCCACCUCCCAACUCUCGACCAGGAGGUCGACUGCGAGUACCGGGACCUGCCCGAAGCGGUGAAAAUUCCCGGCUGCAUUCCGGUUCACGGCAGGGAUUUACUCGACCCGGUUCAGGACCGGAAGAACGAGGCCUACAAGUGGGUCCUACACCACGCCAAGAGGUACGGAGAAGCGGAUGGGAUAAUCGAGAACAGCUUCGCAGAGCUCGAACCGGGUGCCUUGAGCGAGCUGCAGAAGGAGCAACCCGGACGGCCUCCGGUUUACGCGGUGGGACCGUUAGUAAGAAUGGACGCGGGUCCGGCCGAGUCGGAGUGUUUAAGGUGGUUAGACGAGCAGCCACGUGGGAGCGUGUUGUUUGUGUCUUUCGGAAGCGGUGGGACCCUCUCGAGUGCUCAGAUCAACGAGCUUGCUCACGGACUGGAAGCAAGUGAGCAACGGUUUAUGUGGGUGGUGAAGAGCCCAAACGACAAAGUCGCCAACGCCUCUUAUUUCAACGCGGAGAACGGGGCGGAUCCAUUACACUUUUUACCCCAAGGGUUUGUGGAGAGAACCAAAGGUAGGGGGCUUUUGGUUCCCUCUUGGGCUCCUCAACCUCAGGUCCUGGCCCAUCCUUCCACGGGCGGCUUCUUGACCCAUUGCGGGUGGAACUCCAUUCUGGAGAGCGUGGUGAACGGGGUGCCCUUCAUCGCCUGGCCUCUCUUCGCCGAGCAGAGGACCAACGCCUUUAUGCUGACGCAUGAGGUGAAAGUGGCGCUCAGGCCAAAUGUUUCCGAUGACGGUUUGGUCCACAGACAGGAAAUAAGUAGCGUCGUCAAGUGCCUUAUGGAAGGUGAAGAAGGGAAGAAGCUUCGCUACCGAAUGCAGGAUCUCAAGGAUGCUGCUGCCAAGGCUCUCGCUGAAAAUGGUUCCUCCACCAACCAUAUCUCCCAUUUGGCCCUCAUCUGGGCCAACAAAUCACCUGUAACAACAAAUUACUCAAAUUAA